UUUGCAUAGGACCUACAGGCUUUGACAUAUGUCAAUAGUAGUACUAGCUGAUGUACUGUAACAUCACGUUGUUUGCAGCAUUACAACCAAAUCACAGAAAAGAGACGUGAGGAAUAUUUGAUUUUAGCCAUUGUUGUGCAGUUUGAAUGGUUUUGGAAUGGCAGAAGUUGGGACUGAACCUGGUGGGCGUAUAAAGGGUACCACUGUAAUAAAGCCAAUUGUGUAUGGUAACAUUGCCCGAUACUUUGGAAAGAAGAGGGAGGAAGAUGGACACACUCAUCAGUGGACAGUCUAUGUCAAACCCUAUAAAAAUGAGGAUCUGUCAGGAUACAUUAAGAAAAUUCAUUUCAAACUUCAUGACAGUUACCCAAACCAUAACAGAGUUGUAACAAAGCCACCAUAUGAAGUCACUGAGACAGGAUGGGGAGAGUUUGAGGUCAUCAUCAAAAUUUAUUUUGUGGAUCCAAAUGAAAGACCAGUGACGUUAUACCACCUGCUGAAGUUGUUCCAGAGUGAGACAGAUAUUAUGCUGGGCAAGAAAUCUCUGGUGGUGGAGUACUAUGACGAGUUGGUGUUCCAAGACCCAACAUCCAUGAUGCAUCACGCGCUGACUAACACACGACCGAUGUCCCUGGGGACGUACAAACAUGAGACUGAUUUUGAUGAAAGAAAGGAGAAAACCCUAAAUAACAUGAAAGCAGCUAAUAAAAAAAUUCGUUACGAGAUCCAGGAACUUAACGAACGACUGAAACAAAAAAAAGAAAACAUCAACAGACUAAAGGAACACAUCAACAAGGUGGAAGAUGUAGACAUACAGCCUGACGUGGAAAGUGUUACGUGAUGUUUCAUCUCACAAUUUACUGCAUUUUCUUCAUAAUCAACCAAAUCUUGAAUUCCAUGGCAGCAAAAACACCACAUUUCAAACAUUUUAGAAAAUGUUGAAAUAAUAUUAUGUUAUAUUUGUUGGAAUUUUCAAGUUUGUGUUGAUUCGGACACUGACAGGAUACCCGACAAGUGUGUUACGUUUUCAAUGUUAUGCAGAUGACGGAUUUGACUAUAAUUUCAUUUUUCAAGGGAAGUCUGACUGUAGUCAAGAUACAGUUAAAUUACCCUACUGUAAAUGAUAAAUAUUUCACAACAUGAUGUGUUGUACUGAGAAGUAGAACGGUACCUGUUCUGUGUACGUACUCUGUCAGGACUUAUUUCAGGUUUGGGGUGGGGCAUUUUUGUCUCAUUUUGGGAAGAAAAUUGUGUACGUACUCUGUCAGGACUUAUUUCAGGUUUGGGGUGGGGCAUUUUUGUCUCAUUUUGGGAAGAAAAUUGGUGAAAUGAGAAGGAAAUUAUCAGGGGUAGAAUCAUCGGAAUUGCAAAUUUUGGAAAUUUGUCUUGAUUACAAGAUAAUUUUAAUUGGGAAUGGGGCCUAUCAUUGAUGCUUGUUUGGGGCAUUUCUCUGAUAUCACUAGUUUGACAUCAAUGCAAAACUAAUACAUGUAA